AUGGACAUGAGUGGUAGCGGGAUGGACAUGGGUGGCGGCAUGGAUAUGGGCAGCGCGCCUCUCAACGCCACCGGUGUCGACUUCACGGACCCAGAUCAAGCCUCGACCUUUCUCGCGGCACUUCUCAACGAUGACGAGCUCAAAGUCAUCGGCAAUGCCUACGCGAGAUACUUCUGGUACGGUGUCGCUGUUGUCGUAGCCGUUGCGGCGGUGUUCAAUUGGAUGAGAUACCUGAUCUUGCAGAUGCGAUUGAGGUCUGCGGCGAGGAGGGAAGAUAUGCCUGCUAGGCCCAAGGGUGUGUUUGCGAGGUGGUUUGCUACGAUUACGGCAUUGGUGCGAGAGGCGACUUACCUGGACUUCACGCCGGCACAAGUCAAUGCCAGGUUCAAGUGGUUCAAGCUGCCGACCAGUGGGCAGACGAUGCUAUUGCUUGCUUAUUUGGCAUUCGUACUGGCGCUGGAAUUCGCCAACGAUAGUGUGCAAGGUGCACAAUUCUGGCAAGCUCGGGGAGUGAGAGCUGGCUGGCUGGCGGUGGCUCAAGUGCCGUUGAUCGUGCUGCUUGUGGGCAAGAACAACCUGUUCACUCUCACCACGGGCGUCUCGUACGAGAGACUCAACAUCAUCCAUCGCUGGUCAUCUCGAGUCAUGCUGCUUCUAGCCAUUUUUCACUUCGCUUUCCAGAGCCGCGCAUGGUCACAAUUUCCAGGUCUCAUGGAACUGGAAUGGUCGACGGACUCGUGCCCGCCAACUGGUAUUGCCGCCUUUGCGCUCUUGCUCUGGAUGAAUCUUACGACAUUGGCACCCUUGCGCUAUUGGUCGUAUGAGUUCUUCGUCUGGCAGCAUCUGAUCACUUUCUUCGGCUUCAUUAUCGCCAUUGUAUAUCACUUGCCCAGCACGGCGACGUGGUCGCGUAUCUACAUCUAUGUCCCCGUUGCGCUCUACAUCAUCGAUCGUAUGAUCACGACCGCAUGGUGGGUCUGGAACAACAAGCGCACGAGUCGUGCCACUCUUACACGCCUGAACGGGGAUGUGACCAAGAUCACGAUGCGCAAUUCCACCAUCAAGCGCUGGGGCCCUGGAUCAUACAUGCUUCUGACCUUACCAGGCCAAGAUAUUUUCGGCUGGGCACAAAGUCACCCUGCUACAAUCAUGUCAACGCCGACUUCACAUGACGGGCAAUUGGUCUUUAUCCUGAAGAGCCACAAAGGUUUCACCAAGAGCAUCAUGAAUUAUGCCAACACCUCCACCGAAGCCCUACUGUCCCGUGGCAAUUCAGAAGCUGAGACGGGUGAGAAAGGCAAGACAAUCUCUUAUCGUGCUAUCAUCAACGGACCAUACGGCGGACACCAUGCCGACUUCGCAGCUUUCGACUCAAUCUGUCUGAUUGCUGGAUCAACUGGUGUGACUUUCACACUAGCAGUCCUCCAAGAUAUCGCAGAGCGAGCUGCCAAUCUAGGCAAGAAGCUGCCAGUCAGACGUAUCCACCUCAUCUGGUGCAACAAUCAAGAAGAUAGGGCGAAGUGGGUGGCUGCUGAGCUGAACAGCGCAGUGGAGAAGCUUGCUCAAGCCGGUAUAGAGACGAUUGUCACUGUACACGUUACAUGCGACAGUGCUCUCACCAACCAGACAUCCGAGCCCAAGGCCUGUGGUUGCAAAUGCGACAAGUCAGCUGGACCGUGCUGUUGCGUGACUAUCACGAAGGAUACUGAGGAGAUUGCCGAGGAGACGAAGAAGGGCGAUGGCGAGCCGAAGGUGACGAUCCAGUCCUCAGCGCGAUCAUCCGACUCCAUGCGUUCCGCAGCAUCUGUCAAAGAUGAUCGAGUAGUCGUGAAGCGUAGCUGGUUACCCUGUGGCACUCUCUGUUCAGGCCGACCGGAUUUUCGUGAAAUACUUACGAACAUGCUCGACGGCGCCCAGGGCGAGUCUGGCGUUGCGGUGUGUGGACCUCACGGCAUGGGCGCGAUGAUAAGACGGGAUAUCGUGAAACUCAGUGACGAACGGGCGAUACACAAGGGUACCGGAGCGCAGGGAUGCUAUUUGCAUGUCGAGAGCUUUUCGUAG